AUGGCUACGUCGGAGAAUGAGAAAUCGGCCAGCCCUAGGCUCCAGCAGAUGACCCCCGACACCGAACACAAAGAACACAUUUCGGAAACCACAUGUGAAGCUACUGAGCGUGGACACGCCGCGACUGACCAGCAUGGCAAUCCGUUGGUUUUCUUCGACCCCAAAGCCGAAGCCCGUCUUCGACGCAAGAUAGAUCUUUACAUUGUACCAACCGUUGCCAUCAUCUAUCUCUUCUGCUUCAUAGACAGAGCCAAUAUCGGCAAUGCAAGGCUUGCGGGAUUUGAGGCCGACCUGAACCUCAGCGGCUAUGACUACAACCAGAUCCUUUCCAUCUUUUACAUCUCCUACAUCGUUUUCGAGAUCCCAUCCAACAUCGCUUGCAAGUGGAUCGGCCCCGGCUGGUUUCUUCCCGCUCUCACCCUCGCCUUCGGUCUCAUGACGGUGGCUUUCGCCUUUGUAUCGUCACUCGAGUCUGCCUGCGGCGUCCGAUUCCUGCUUGGCGUCUUCGAGGCUGGGAUGCUACCCGGUAUUGCUUAUUACUUGUCACGUUGGUAUAGGCGUAAUGAACUAGCAUUUCGACUAUCCAUGUAUAUCGUCAUGUCGUCACUUGCUGGCGCGUUCGGUGGCCUCCUCGCUUCUGCUAUUCUAACCUUGGAUAGCUUCGGUAGCACGAAACGUUGGCGAAUGAUUUUUGCCAUCGAGGGCAUCAUCACGGUCGGCCUCGCCAUCAUCGCAUUCUUUACCCUUACCGACCGACCCGAGACUGCCCGCUGGUUAACCCAAGAAGAAAAGGAGCUAGCUAUCGCCCGCGUCAAAUCCGAGCGCAUAGGCGCAACCGAGGUCCUCGAUCGACUCAAUACAAAGAAGAUUAUCGCUGGAAUAUUGAGCCCCGUCACUCUUGCGUCUGCAUUCGUCUUUCUCCUUGGAAAUAUCACGGUCCAGUGCCUGGCGUUCUUUGCCCCGACUAUCGUCCGCACAAUCUACCCAGACAAGGCUAUUGUCACGGUCCAGCUCUACACAGUCCCACCAUACAUCGUCGGUGGACUUUUCAUCCUUGCCGUCAACUAUCUGAGUUACAAGACUGGCCGUCGAAACAUAUUCCUGCUCGUCAGCGCCCUGCCCAUAAUAACAGGCUACGUCAUCUUUCUUGCAACCACAAACCCUCACGCGAGGUACGCAGCAACUUUCAUCAUCGUGACGGGCGCCUUCAACUCUGGUGCGCUCUGCAACGCGCAAGUCUCGGCAAAUGUCGUCUCGGACACGGCACGUUCAUCGGCAAUUGGAACAAAUGUCAUGUUCGGUAACAUUGGUGGUUUGAUAGCCAGUUGGGCAUUUCUUCCCACUGAUGCACCCAACUAUCCCAUCGGCAACGGGCUCAACUUGGCGACCUCUUCGAUUAUGCUAUUUACGACCAUACUUCUUCAGCUCUGGGCGACGUUAGACAACCGCAAGAGAGACCGUCGGGACGAAACUGCACAGCUUGAUGGGCUGGACUCUACCCAGAUUGCAAACCUCGACUGGAAGCAUCCUGGGUUUAGAUGGAACUUGUAG